GAUUAAUUUUCGAUUUCUUCGUCGGCAGUAGCUUCUGUUUCAAUCACAAGCGAAAGGGAAUUUUCGAUCAGGAGGUUGCUAUGGAUGCAUCGAAGACGAUACUACUCGAUGGACGUGCGGAGGAUCCGCUGCGAUUCGGGAUCCAUGGUGUUAAGAGCGAUAUUAUUGAGCCUCACCCGCUUGAAUCUGCCUAUAGCUCUGCUAAAGUGAGGCAGCAGGAAAUGAAGAAGAAAAUCCUGGAGAAUACUUACGGAGCGGCGUUUCCGUUGAAGAUGGAUCUCGAUCGCCAGAUUCUGUCCAAAUUCCAAAGGCCUCCUGGAGCAAUACCGUCUUCUUUCGUGGGGUUGGAAGCGAUGACUGGAACUUUGGAAGAUUUCGGCUUUGAAGAUUAUCUCAAUGAUCCGCGGGAGUCUGAAUCACUUCGUCCUGUCGACAUGCAUCAUGCUAUGGAAGUGCGUCUCGGGCUGUCGAAAGGACCUCCAUGCCCCACUUUCAUGUGAGCAUGUACUCAUUUCUGUCGCCGGUUUGAACCUUUUUACGUCGUCUAUGUCUAAACAAAUUUCGCUACUGCAGUUCGAUUACGCACUUUAAACCCGCAUAUUUAGUAAAACUCGAUUUCGGAGUUUCGAAUUCUGAAAAGAACACUAUUUACUUUAUACAUUACAUUCACAUUUCAUUCCCAA